GAUUCUCGCAAUAAAUCCAACCAACAUUAAACAAGUAUUCUUUGGUUUUAUCAAAUACCAGGAGAUAUGGAUAGUGAUGCUGUUGUGGCUGAACGAAAUGGCGUUCUCGAAUUCCGAAUUGCCACGAACGAUGGAAGCCCAGAAAACUUUGUCCUUCUUACAAAAUUUCAACAAAUAGUUCGAAAGGGACUGGCAAAAAUGAAAAAAGAUUAUAUCGCGAAAACAGUUCUUGACGCCAACAACAAAACUCUCGUUAUGAUACAGAAAUCGCAGAGGAAGAUCAGUGGAAAAUUGAAAGGGGACAAUGGCAAAAGUUUUGAAAAAUUGGAAACUGUAAUUGGAGGGGUUUGUUACCGUGUUUUUGAAAACCGUGGAUUUGUUGAGAUGGUCUACGUUGUGGUGAGUGCGAACAAACAGGGAGGGGGGUACGGGGCGCAUAUGAUGAAUCAUUUCAAAGACGAGAUCAAAUACUCUUAUAAGGAAACAGUGAUGGAAAUUCUCGGAUAUGCCGACCUUACUGCCAUCGGUUUCUUCCAGAGGCAAGGCUUUACGAAAGACAUUGAACUGGAAGAACACAGAUGGGUUGGUGUCAUAAAGGACUAUUCAGAUUCCGAUCUCAUGCAAUGUACCCUGCUCCCAAGAAUGCGCUAUGUCGAAGCAGCUCGGAUGAUUCGUAAGCAGAAGGAGUAUUUGCUCGCCACAGUUGCUGCCAACGACAAAAGCAAGGAUAUACAUUACCCUCCGGUGCAAUGGGCUCGAGGAGCUACUACCCCGAUCGACCCUUUCUCUGUUCCUGGCAUUCGAAAAUCUGGCUGGUCACCAGAAAUGGACGAACUAUCUCGCGAGAGAGGACCGACACCCCUCGGCAAUCCACUUCAGGACUUCUUGAAUCAUUUGAAGCAGGGGAGUCAUGCCCGGCCUUUCCUCGAACCUGUCGAUGUGAAGCUUGUCGAAGACUAUUGUACGGUAAUCGCCCAUCCAAUGGAUUUGCAGACCAUGCAGCAAAAGCUAGAUCAAGGUCUGUACGAUACACCAAAAGAUUUCGUGGAAGAUGUCAAAUUGAUCAUCAAAAACUGCAGGCAGUAUAAUAAGCCAAACACAAUCUUUUGUAGGCAUGUGACUAAGCUGGAGAAGGCAAUGAAGGAUUUCAUAAGGGAAAUGCCAGAAUGGAAAAAAUUCUUUUGAUAUACUUGCAUAGGUUGAAUCGAAAUUACCAUCUACUAUCAGGUCAUUGCUUUUCACACGAUUGUAGGAAUCGAAAGAUGCCAGUUGAUGGAAAUUUCUUUGAACACCUUCCACGUCUCCAAAAAGUGUUAGAGAAUCUGCGUCGACAGCGAAGCAUCAAAGUCAUCAGUGGGUAGUCGAGUCGUCGUUGGUAUCGCGAGGAAUUGGCCAUCUCUUUUCCAUAGCACACAUAUACAGUAGCA